AACUUGAUGUCAAAGUCAAAUAAAUAUUGCCUGAAGAAAGAGGUUAUGUGUUAUUAUAUCUCAGAAAUGUUUAUUUAGGUAUUUAAAUUGCUAUCUUAGUAUAUUGUGAAUGAUUUUGUAUCAAAGAUAUAAUUAACUGAAUACGAUACACAAUGUUACGAAACAUUACAAAAACUUCGAAUGCUAUAGCAAAGCUGAAUCCUACCAAAAUCAAGUUUCCUGAAAAGUUAAAAGGAACAAUCCUCGAGAGAUGGGCUGACUAUUGGAAAAAUCUAUUCAUUGAUUAUCGCCAAAUGUUGCAAGACCUAAGAAGUGACGUACAAGAGCAACCUACGAAAGCUUUUAUAUGGGCGACUGGUCUUACAACUUUAUAUGGUCUUGUUCGGAAUAAUCCUAGCGAGGCAGAUUUUAAGGAUAAUUUGAAACGUAUUACCAACGAGGUUAUAUUAGUGAGUGAGGAUUGUGUAAAUCCUAAAUCUAUAGAGCAUUUACGCUUUUUAGAUAGAUGUUACAAUGAAGGAGUAGUACAUUAUAGGAAUUUUGGAAUUGCCUCAGUGAUAUAUAUUUCUGAAAUAAACUACGGAUGCGACAUAUACAAAUCACAAUGCCAGUACCUAAAGCCUACAUUCUUCAGUUUUCCUUCAAGAGUAGUUGAUGUUGGUAUGCUUGGGAGAUGGUGGAACAUUUAUAUAAAAACUACAAACUAUGAUGUUAACAUAUAUGAUAUCUAAUAGUUGUAUAAUUAUGAAUGUUUAGAGGAACUCUUGUUGACAGUUUUGUUGGUAGAUGUAAAUAAUAAAAACAAUAGAAUGUAUAAAACUAUUUAUCUUCAUAUCCCAUUUGGUCCUUCCAAGUAUAAAAUAUUUAUUAUUGACACAGAAAUAUGAAUUCAUGAUCAAUGAGAAUGAGAUUAUCUUUAUAUUUAGAUUUCUACAUAGAAAUGGAAUACUUGUUAUAUACUCUCAUAUAUAAAGGACUUUAUCUCCAUGUGCGGUAAGCACAAUUGGUUUUAUUAACCUUAAAGUUUUGGCUAAUAUUUUUAUGUGUAUGCUAACUUAAUACCCUUAGAAUAACCUAUUUAUGAUUUUUUAAUAACCAAAAAGGGAUAAGAAUGAAAAAAAAUAUGUUAUUGAGGAGUGUUUAUAUUUUGUUUCUUACUAAUGAUGUUACAAUAAUUAAAUGUAUAAAAACUAAGAGUAUUUUACAAACCAUUUCAUGCAGAAUUCUGUCUAAAACACAAAUCUAAACAAAAGUCACCACCAAGUGAAACCCCCAAAAUAUAUUGUAUAUUCCUUCUAUAAACGUUUUUAACAUUAAUUCAGACGGGAAAUUGAAAAAAAAAA